CCCCUGAAUGCAUCUCUCUCCCUCUUGCUCUUACUUGAAUUAUUAUACCUCAUCUUUACUUUCCCGUUCAUCAUCUCCUCUAUGAAUUAGUUAAAUCUACAUAGUAUAUACUGAUAAUUGAUGCUUGGUGCUUCUUCUACUACUACGCAUCUACACAAUUGCUUCUCUUAAAAAGUUAUUAAUAACUUACCAUGUCGUCGUUUGCAGAAUUACCCACUGAGAUCAUUCUCGAAAUCAUAGAACUGCUCUUCGACGUCUUAGACAUUGUUGCGUUAUCUUCAACAAACCGCCGCCUCCACGCUAUUAUAACAGAAACCAAUGAAAUAAUUAGCAGGUUCGAUAAGGCUUCUCUCGAUGAGAAUCUGUUUUUAGCUGUAUUCUUAGGUCAAAUUAAUGUGGUCAGAUUUCUCCUUGACCAUGGCGUCGACCCAAACCAAUAUCGUAUCGGCCGUAUAGACAGGUCGGUCCGAUGCCAAUACUAUAUGCCUAGCGGCGUAUACGUUCCAGGUCGAGUUGCCAAUCUAGCCUACGAUGCUCCCACCUUCUUAGAUCAUGCCCUCGAAAGCUACUAGAUGUACUUCGAAUUGAAGAGUCUUUGGUUAUCAACUCCACUGCACCUGGCGGCGUAUCGGGGGCACAAUGAUAUUGUGACCCUCCUAGUUAAGAGAGGAGCGGGACUCGCUUUAAAGUCCAUUGGUGUCUGCAGGUGUAAAGUCACUUCAUAUGACCCGGCCUAUUGGGGGCUUAACAUAAACCCAGACGCACAUCCGCCCUGGACUCCGUUACAUCUCGCGAUUUGCGGCAUGAAUUUAUCUACCGCGAAGCUAAUACUCGGUUACGGUACCCUAUUGUCUACGAUCAUAAGAUUUCAGAGGAGACAACAGACCCAUGCUGUCAGAAUAGAAUCCAAGUUGACUUGUGAUAAAUGGCUGGCCGUAAAACAACUGCGUAUUAGCAUGCCCAACUUCCGGGGUCCUUCGGUAUAUUGCCAUCAUAUUUGCCUUUCUCGAAAUUGCGGGCUGCUGUCAUAUGCCAUUGAUAUGCAGUUAGUCUGGAUCAAAACUGGCACCAAUAGAUCGCUUAUUCAUGUCUGUCUUCAAGACCCGCGGGUAGACCUACCUCCAUGGCGUGAUCUUGGAUGUACCAUGAAAGUACCCGAAGUACGUCUUCCUAAGUAUGCCCUACCUUGGUUCGAAUAUCUCCUCAACCGCGGGGCCGAUGUUGAAGCUAAGGAUGCUAUGGAUUGCAAUGCCACGGCUAUCAUGGUUGCGGCGCUCCAUAGUAUCGAGCCGGCUAUGGACUUGCUUAUACAACAUGGUGCAAAUGUCCAUGCGAAGGAUGCGAAGGGCUUUACUGCCCUACAUGCAGCCUGCAUAAGUUCUAAGCCAGAGAUUAUCACAAAACUCAUCGAUGAGGGGGCACAAGUAGAUGCUAUUAAUUUCAUGGGCGAUUCGCCUCUUUCUUUCAUAUGCCGCUCAAUCACCGCCGAGCACCCAAUCACCGCCGAGCGACACAAUGAAAUUCUAAAAAUAAUCCAACUUCUUCUGACGCGCGGAGCCAAUCCAAUGCCUAGAACCAGGAGGAAUACUCGGGUUCAGUCUGCUCUGGAAGUAGCAUUUUGCAAUCAAUACCUUGCUGCUGUGAGAUUGAUAAUUUCAAUAUCCAGCCCGACGCCUAGUUCAGGCCAGAUUUGGCGUCUAUUUGUAGCUAUGAUGGAGGCGCCCGACCCUUCUCGAGUAAGGCUACUCCUAAUGCUUGACAAGCGGAACUUCAUUCUUCGAAGUGAUUCUGCUCUCGUUAAACUCCUAACAAGCAACGAGCAAACAACUGAGGCAGCAAUGAUUCUACUGGAAAAGGGCGCCCCAUGCGAUGCACGAUCAGUCUUCUGGAUUGUUCAUCUCCAGAAAGGCAAUGACUUGCUACGAAAAGUCCUGGAACGCGGUAUCACUCCUAACUUCGUCAUGGAACCAAUGAAGCGAUGUCCACUUCUCGAAGCACUAGCGAUCAGAGAAGUCGUGACGAGGAGAGCAUAUGUGAAGUCCCUGAUGGAACACGGGGCUGAUAUCAACAUGUAUUGUAGUCUCACUAACGAUAAGCCGAUCUAUGUGGAUAUUAUUUCGCCCUCUUUGCUCCCGCAUACCGAAACCGUUUUAGACGUUCUAUUCCACCCCAAUUCCUUCCAGCGGGUACCAGAAUCCCAGCAAGUUGCCUUCAUGGUCUCAGCUUGUCGCUUAACACAUGUAAGGGUUUUACAAAAGUUACUUGAAUCUACAACUGGGUCCGUGAUUCAGAAAUUCGUUCAACGGAUUAUAGGAGACCUCACAGCCACAACCUUUAUCAGUCAACUAUUUAACACGACCGCCUAUUCCCUAACAGACCAAAUGGGGUUCACGGUAGAGCACAUGGAUAUUGCUAUAGAUAUACUGGAUAUAUUAGCCCGGUACGACACGUUCUGGAGUUUCCAACCUUCUCCUGGGUCAGCACGGGCUAUAGACGCCUUGAAGAACCUCAUGGCUGUGACGCGCAACUUUCCAACGAGGCAGAUGGCCGCUAGCUUCUGCUUAGGGAAAAGAGUCCGAAUCGUCGACUCUAGUGCUGAAAGUCCCCAAGUUUUGAUACUUCCACGGGCAGAUUCAAACGAGUAUCCUCAAGGUCAUAUUACCCUUCAUUACUUAGGAGCAACAUUACAUCCUACGUUGGAUGGGCGAUAGGGAAGCUUUGUCUCGUAGACCGUUUUACCAGUAGUAAUAAUUAUCGAGGAAGCGCAUACAUAUUUUAAGUAGUAAUUUACAUUAAUACACUCGGG